AUGGCUGCGCUAAUCACAGGUGAAGACAACAGUAAGGUGCCAACAAAACAGCGUCCUGCUGUUUAUAUUCAAAGAUCACGCGCUGACGACCCCGAGUAUGGGUUCCCGGACGAAUUCAUCGAAUUGUGUGAAGAACAUUUUGACGUUUUAUAUGAAAAAAACAUAACCGGUAACCCUGAGCUAGGGAAGAGGGUCGUCGGGGCCUAUAACCGAGGUCCUAGUAUGCCGAUUACAAUUGACGAGUUGUGGAAGUUUCCCAACUUGAAAAUUGUUGUUUGCAGUGGUAUUGGCUGGGAUCAUAUUGAUGUCCGAGGAUUGAAUGCACACGGCAUUAAAGUGGCAAACAACCCUGGGGUCUCCAGUAACGCAGUGGCUGACUUUGGGAUAACUCUGAUGUUGGCGUCUGCUCGUAGGCUGCUGGAAGGAGUGCCAGUGGCCAUGGGUUCAAAGCCGUGUCAGAAAUUCAACGUUAACUGGCUUGGCAAUGAUGUUUCCUUCACUUCCCUAGGGAUAGUCGGGAUGGGAGAUAUUGGUAGCAAGGUGGCAAAGAGAGCAAAGGCAUUUGAUAUGGAGAUAUAUUAUCACAAUAGGAAUAGAAAGCCUGAAGAAGAAGAAUCAUCUGUCGGUGCAACAUAUUGUCCAACGCUGGCAGACCUGCUUCCACGUUGCGAUUACGUCAUGAUCACGUGUCCUCUUACUUCAGAAACAGAAGGAAUGUUUGGAGAAAAUGAGUUCAAGUUAAUGAAACCAAGUGCAACAUUAGUAAACGUUGCCCGCGGUGAGAUAAUCGACCAAGGAGCCCUGUACACCGCACUGAAGAAUAAGAUAAUCAAAGCAGCUGCAUUAGAUGUGACGUACCCAGAGCCUCUCCCCAGGGACCACUCCCUCCUCACACUGCCAAAUAUCAUCAUAGCGCCUCACAUGGCAUCUGCCACCGCGGAAACCAGAAAGAGGAUGUUGCCCCCAUUGGUAGAGACAGUCCUAGCUGUUGUCGAAGGAAGGCCUCUGACAAAUGAGGUUAUACUAUGA